AUGCCUCACGAACUUCGUCUCGAUGGACUUCAUGGCCAACGGCUUGCUGGCAUUGGGAGCCUCGCCCGCCAUGGUCCAUGCCGUGGAGGAGCUCGAGCCGGCAAUUGCUGUGGUGGCAGCUAUCCAGGGCGCAGUCUCCAUCAACAUCGGCACGCUCGAUCCAGCUUGGAGCCACGGCUUCAAGUUUACGAAGCGGACCUGCAAGGCAAAGGGCGUGCCUUGGGUGUUGGACCCCGUCGCAGCUGGGUUCACACCCCUCAGGACCACCACCGCGACGGAGCUCUUAGACAUCGGAGGGUGCUCGGUGCUCCGUGGCAACGCCUCCGAGAUCCUGGCGGUCGCUGGCGCCGCGGGGGACACCAAGGGCGUGGACUCCUCGCAAGGCCCCAUGUCAAGCACAGGCCGAAACCAUCUAAACGAGCCAGAUGCCAGAUUAGCAAUUAUUUUAAGGGGCUGCGCCCAUGGGCGGGCAGCGCACGCAGAAGCCCGGGGCGAGCAGUUUCUAAGCAUGUUGAGGCCCCUAAACUCCCUUAA